ACUGGCGAGAUACCGUGCAAUGUGCAUGCGUGCUUUGACAUUUCACUCGACUCUCAACAAAAUAUUCUCACUUUACUUUUGGGCGGCCAUAUUGCUCCAUCCCGUGCGUGCGCUUCACUGAUAAAUUGAAGUCUCUAAGUUGCUGCUUUGAUUUCGCCAGCUUCCGACGCCUGAUUUUGAAGACCAACAAUGGGCGAUCGUAACAACCCCAUCAAGUUCGGCCCAGAGUGGCUGCGUAACUUCUCCCAGGAGCGCACUGCAGCCAGCUCAUCUCAGAACCAAGCAAAUUCAAACUGCACAAGUUCUGGAGAGCCAGGUGGUUCGGGGGCUAGCGGAGGGGCGGGAGGGGGUAAUUCUGGGUCGCCAUGUAGCGUCACAAGUACCACCAACAGUCCAAGUUCUGUGGCAGCUAGUUCUUCAAACUCCACCGGAGUAACAUCGAAAAUACUAUUAGCCAAACUGCGAUACGGCCGAGAAGAAAUGCUGGCAUUAUAUGACAGAACAUCUGAAGCUCCGCCAGAAUUGAAGUAUAUCGAAUUCCUUUAUCAACCUAGAGGAAAACCACCGUUCGCGCUUAACAACACAUUUGAGGAUGAAAUGGAGAGUGGACCAUCAACGGAGAGGUACCCGACGGGGCGCGGCCUGGGACGGGGGGCGCCACUGAACGACCGCGGUCGCCCCCGUAUGUCGUUUGUGCGGUCGACAUCAACCGGCAGGGGCCACUGGCCAUCUUGGCACCUGAGCGGCAACAAUCCUCGUUUGUUAUUCAAUCCGGACGACGAGACUCCUCAACGGCCCUGGAACAACAGCAAUGGCAACCCCGCUAACAGGAACAGCGGGGACCAGACGGAAUGGACUCCAAACAAAUUGUAUAGGAGCAAACGGCAAGGGCAAGCUACGAACUGGCGACAGGCGCGCGAGGAGGGAGAGGAGUGGCGGUCGUCAUCUGACGGCGUGCCGACAUCGGGCGCUGGCAGGGCCCGCACCAACCAGGACAAAUGGGCGGAGCGCGACUGGGGCGAUAGGCCCAAUCCAGAUAAAUCGCAGAACAGGAAUAACCGUCGCACCUGGGUCGGCUCCGAUUCUCAAAACGACGAGUUACCAGAAUGGGCGGUGGACAACGCGGAGGCGUGCGGGGGCACUUUCGAUUCGUCCGGGGCAUUCCAUGGAUACAGCAACGAUGACACCAACGUUCCCAAAGCUCAGGAGCCCUAUCCUUUGACGCGUUCGCACACCCACGGGAGCUUCGUCCGCUCGAAGACCAUGGAGGAAGGCUCCGAGGAAUGGUGGGCAUCGGAGAAAGCCAAGAAGCUGUCACCCAAGAGAUUCGACGCCAGCGAUAUCAAAUUCAGCAAAAAGCAGUCACCAGCAGCUGAACCGUCCAAAGCCGACUCAACUGUCGGACUGGAAGAUCUAGAACCUCUGAGUUCUUCGGAUAAACUCGAGAUGAGCUCCGAAAACCCUGACACUACUGUCGGGUCCUCUGAAGACGACAUCUACAAGAAACAACCAAACAAAUUUAAUGAGAGCAAGACAUUUGAUUCUCUCUUGAGGACGAAUAUCAACCUCGAGGAGGCCAGCGAUGAACGGGGAAAUUUCCAGUCGGUGAUGAUUACUCCCAAUAAUAGUUUGAGGCAGAAACAUCAGAAUAUUGUGGCCACAGCGGGAGACUCCACUAGGAAAACAUCUCAUCGCCUCAAUCUGCUUGGAAACCCCUCCACCACAAAGUUUACUGGCGAUUCUGAUUACGCCAUCAACAGCACUACCGAUGAAAAGCUCAUUGACGAUCUUAUCGACAUGUCUUUAGAAGAUAAAGAGAUCAUGGCAAUAUCGAAAAUUCCUCCGCCGACAUCUGGUCAAGUGAUGAACUCUCCCAGCUCGGCUAUGCCGGCAGGGCUGGCGACAUCGGUGAACACCAUGGCCCAGAUGCCAAACCCUACUAUGCAGAUGAGGAUAUCGAGCCCGAUCCUUGCCAACCAGGGAUUAAUGCAGACGACUACCUUGCCUCCUAUGCAAGGGGCUGGAAUGCCAGCUGGCUUUCAACAACCUGGUUUGCCACAACCGGGUCUCCAGCAGCAGCCCGGUCUUCCCCAGACGGGCAUCCAGCAAGUUGGCAUAACCAAUUCUGCACUCAACGCCUCUUUGGGAUUGCCAAUAAGACCACUCGGUGUAUCAGCGAUGGGACCCCCAAUGGGAAUGCGAAUGCAAGCGAUGCCGCCUAAUAUGAUGCCAAGUGGGCAAAUGCAAAAUCCGACCAUGACUACCGGACUCAAUCCGUCGGGAUUGCCUGCUGGAAUGGGAGCCGCCGCUUUGCCCAACAACGCCGCUGGCGUCCCUGGUUUCCAAGGCCCAGCGGGACUACAAAGCAUGGCUUCGACAAAUAACUCCCUGUUCAUGAGUCAAAACGUUAACACCAAUACGAUGCAAAACCACGGUAAUCAACCGAACAUGUUCCCGAUUCACGGAUUGCAACACUCUGGUUCCCAGCCGUCUUUCUCUAUCUACGGCAACAUCAUGCAGACCCCGCCCCCACCCCCGCCUCCCACACAAAACCAAGCCGAGAUGUGGUAUUAUGAAGAUCCCAAGAAAACCAUUCAAGGCCCGUUCUCGUCCAAGGAGAUGUUGAACUGGUACCGCGCAGGGUUCUUCACCCAGAACCUGAUGGUCCGUCGCGCGUGUGACGCCACCAUGCGUCCGCUCGGCAGCUACGGUCCAGUCGUGCCAUUUGCCCAAAUUGAUAUUCUGUCGCCAUUCCCGAUGUCCACCACAUACGAGCCGCGCCCUCAAGGGCCACGCGAUAAUUUGAUGAACUCCCAACCAGGACUUGGUCUUGAAUCGGUCGAUUCCUUGUGGAGCCAGCCCACCCCCGCCCCUGAUAUGAUGUGGAUGCAACAGGCAAUGAAUGCUCGCAACGAAUCUCACGUCAACAAUCUGCCGAUGUACUUCUGGGAGGAUCAGCCCACAACCAUAGCUCCAAGUACUCUGCUUCCUGAGGAUAUUACUAAAGAGAUGAAAACUGAGGACCAGAUUUUAGCACAGAUGCGUGCAACACAGAAUAUUAACUCCCAGGGGAAUAUGCCUUUCAUGAAAGAGCCACCGGCCGCGACCCCCGCGACUUCGAAACCUGAAGAUGUCUUCAUUGAAGCUGAGAAAGUGACGCCAAAUUUAGAGGAGUUGCAAAAAUUAAUCCAAAAAGACAUUUUGUCCCCUAAACCAGCCGUAGUCGAAACUAAUGUGCAAAAUAAAGAGCCAGAGGAAAUGUAUUCACAGAAGAUUGAGAAGACCGCAAAUGCGGAGGCGUCGCCCGAGCCGGCUGUGAAAGCUCAGAAACAGACCGAGGUGAAACCAACCAAACAAGUCAAGGUUGAGACUGAGAAAUCCAAAGCGAAGGAAGCCAAUACCAAGACUAAAGCGAAGAAAGUGAAGGAUGAUAAAAAAGACGAAGAAGUGAAGAAAGAAGAAGAUAUCGCGAAGCCUGAAAAAAGGUCAGUAGAAUCGUCGCCAAUAAAGAGUAAAAAGGAAGAAAAAAAUAAUAAGAAAGAACUAGAAAAGGAAAAGAAGGAGUGGCUGAAGGAAGGCUUUACUAUUGUGAAGGGCUCCGAAAAGAAUAACAAUAAAGAUAGCAAGAAGAAAGUUGACGAAGUAAAAGCUAUUGAAGAGGCUGAACGGAAAAAGAAAGAAGAAGAAAGACUGGCUGUGGAAGAAGAGAAGAAGAGGAAGCAGCUAGAAGCAAUCAAGAAGCAACAGGAACAGCAAAUUCAAGCCCAGCAGAAGCAAGCAUCGGAGUCCGUGGCCAAGAAGGCGCCGUGGUCGGCCGUGGCCAACCAAACCUUGCAGGCCACCAACAAAGACGGCCUUACGUUGGCCGAGAUCCAGCGGCUCGAGAGGGAGAAGAAGCUAGAGCAGAUGAAAGAGCAACAACAGAUGAUGCAUAUCAUAGCUCAGCAACAGGCCGCCGCGCUGCACAGGGAACAGGUAAUGAAGGAGAUGCAGGCUGGGCUGGGAUGGGCGAAGAAGAAGAGCACCAGUCUAAGCGCGAUCAGCCAAAGUUUAGCCGAGAUUCAGGCCGAGGCGCGAAAGCAGGCGGCGGCUGCGGCGGCCGCCAUACAAGUGAUCGAAGAGCCCUUGAACGCCCCCGGCCUCGUCAACCACGUGCCUUGGGGCAGCUCCCACAACGGAGCGGUAGGUGGUUUCUGGGACACUCAGCCGAACCCGCCCCCGAAGGUGGAGAAGCGUGAGGAGCCGAAGCCCGACGCCAGCAAGGUCAAGAAGAAAGUGCCCGUCAUCGUCGCGCCCGUCAAGAAGGAGACUUCGCCCGCGGCCGAGUUUGAUGUGUGGUGCUCCACCGUGCUUAGCUCCUGGAGUGCCAAGAUCGACGUGCCCACCUUCGUUGGGUUUCUGAAGGACAUCGAGUCGCCGUACGAGGUGAAGGACUAUGUCAAAUGCUACUUGGGGGAGACUAAGGAUUCCAGUGAUUUCGCUCGCCAGUUCCUUGAGAGAAGGUCGAAGCUGCUGCGCGUCGGCAUGGUGACGCCAUCGGAUGAUCUCUGCUCGCCUGCCAUUGCCGUCAACCCGCGCACCAUUUCCGGUUCCGACUACCAGGAAGUCAAGGGAAAGGGCAAGAAGACCAAAAAGAACAAGAUGUUGAAAGUGGACGCUCGUAUCCUCGGGUUCUCGGUGACCGCAGCCGAGGACCGCAUCAACGUCGGCGACAUCGACACCGUGUGAGCCGCCCCUGUGUUCAAUACUCGCCUUGUGAUAACCCACGAUGAUAGCCGUCUCGAAGCCUCGCCGGAAUCAACGCCAUGGUAACCAUAGACACAUCACUAUCUGGGCCCUUCUCAAUCACAUGUAACCCUUUUCUUGACAGACUUUUCCUAUUCAAUGUGUCUUACAGUGCACUGCCAAUGGUUCUAAAAUCUAAAUGUAAUGUGCGUAGCACACUGCCAGGAAAAGGGUGGUCUACGCAUUAGCGACAACCUCUAAUUUUGUCUCACUUGAACCUGUUUCUAAAGCAGCCGGAAUGAAUUGACUUUUUUUGUAAUUUAUAUACGAAUAUAUUGCUGAUUUUACCUGCCUAUUCCAUCCUGAUAGCAACGUUUUUUACGAGUGGUUUUUACGUCGUCAGUUGUUCCGCUGGCCCUAGAAACAGGGUUUAGUUUGUGAUCGCUCGGCCAAUCAAGUAAUCGGACGCAGAGUACUCCUAUUAUAUGAUUAGUCGGAUCAGAACUAGCGGGAUAAAUUUUGGUUUGUAGUCAAUAGUGGCUAUUAUGCGUGGCUCUCUUGGCUUGGGAGGGUAGCCUAGUUAUUAUUCGAAAUCAAUGUUUCUGAGAUGCAAUAUCUUAGCCGGCGCGGCGUGCGCUUCCGCCAUCGCUUGCGUGAGCUAGCGAUGCGAAUUUUUUUGUAGAAUUAAAAAUAUCUGUGGGUCGUUUUUUAAUAAAAUAUUAAGAACUUAAUUACUAAAAAUGAGCAAUAAUGUCCUUUAAGAUUUAUCCUGGAACUGAUUAUUGAUAUCGUAUGAAUAGGAUUAUAGCUAUACUCGGUAUUAUUCGCACGGAUAUCAAUAGGUUAAAACUAGUCGCAUCGCAUUGCCUCGCGGGCGGUGGACAAUUAAAACGUAGCCUUAUAAUAGUACCGAAGUGUAUUUUAUCGAUGUGUAACGAUUUUUUACUAAUUGCCAUUAUUACAAUAUGGAUCGUUAACCCAUACAAAUUAUUCCUGUCAAUAGCUCGGUCCGCGUUGUGCGAGCAAACAAGCAUAUUAUAAUAGACAAGGAUAACUAUAUCGGUUAAAGUUCGAUAUUCAAGUUUAGUCGGUUUUGAACAUCGCUAGAUAACUGUCGUCUGCUAGUGCAUAAUAAAGUGACAAGAACUAUUGUGCCUUCAGUGUGUCUGGCCGUUGAAUGAGAGUUCUUUUUAUAAGUGUUUUGUAAUGUAUGUGUACGUCCUUUUAAAUGCAUGUCUACAACUUAUUUAUGGGCCAGAUUUUUUGACAUUAGAAUGUAAAUUGUUUGUGUUGCCUCACUUGGUAUGUUCCAUAGGCGUUUUAACUUCUGUAUUUAUUAGUUUCUAGUCACAUCCAUUUCCAUUUUAUACAUAAGGACAUUAUGACGAAAUUUGUAAAACUAUUAAAAUUUGCCAUUUAACAAAAUAUUUAUAUCAUUUAAUAAUCAAAUAUAUUUCACUCUGGGGAUAGGGUAUUUUUUGAUUUUGUACAUUUUAAAUAAUAAUAAAUUUUUACUGAUUUUAAAAUGAUAUCAAAUGAUCAUAUGAAUAUUUUGUCAAAUGAUUUAUGUAUUUAUAAAGAACUGGAAUGUGUACAAGAAAAAAUAUUUCAAGCGGUCGCAAUAGAUGAUCACAUUACAAGAUGAGCUAAGACACAUUUAAAAUAGCCAGGCAGUUAUUUGUUGUACAAGUUUCGUCGAAAGAUUCGAGUUUCUUCAAUUUAUAGACAAGACAGACGAGACGACGACAAUAGCCGAAUCGACAAAAAUAGACUUACAGGAUGCGAUUUAUUCACUGUAAUUAUAUGCAUUUGCUUCGCUAAUUCUUUUCGGGUGGCCUCUGGUGAGCACCGCGCAUUAAUACUUUUAUGAGUACCUCAAAAGUACCUGGUCAGUCGACCGUGCGCUCUUUGAAGCCACCAAAGUAAAAUUGCAAAACAUUAUAUUCUACUGAUAAUGCGUGCGGAUUUUCUACAUUUUAUUGGAAAUAUUUAGUAUUUUGCAUGUCAAUUUCAUCUGCACUGCCAUAGGCGGCCGUCACACGUGUUAUAGUAUCGUGCAAUCGUUAACAUUUGUAUUAUUAUAUAACUUAGCCUAUAUAUUGUGCUCUCGGUACAAACACCUAUUAAUACUAAGCAUAAUGUUACUGCACACGUUUGCUCAUUCAACUCGAUGUUGUGACCACUUAGUGAUACUGUCAAGUUAUGCAUUUUCAUGGUAAUAACCUUGACUUAUUUCAUUUGAUGAUUCGAUAUAAUUUGUUAAAUUUAUACCGAAUUGCAUUUUAUCAAUUAAAAGCAUACAUAUUAAAAUGCGAUUUAUUAAAAAAUUGUCUGAUAAGUUGAUCAAUUUAUUCAUUCUUAAUAACUGAUUGUAAACAGAUCCUAUGAAAUAGUCGAAACUGUUAACUGUAUUGAACGUUUUAUGCGAUUUCUUGUGUUUGAAAAACGCAUGUCGUUAAUAAAAAAAUGUGUGUAAAUAUAGAUCCACUGAUCACCGGAUGUAUGGACAUGUUUUGAUGCUGAUGACACCUGGGCUCACUGGAUGCGUACUUGUUACCGAUUUUAUGUGCUUCUGAUACGAAUCGAAAUGAAUUCUUCCAUCAUUUGUAGUUAAUUUGCUCGAUGCACGUCGCUUGCAAUUCAUUAUGCCUUUUUAACUGUAUUUGAAAUUGUACUUCCAUAAUUUCUUAUUAAUAUCAAUUGAUUUUAAUACUGUUUAAUUUGUAGUUCUAUAGUAUUAUUUAUAGUUAAUGAUUAUAAGGAUUUUAGUAUAUAGCUUUUAUGUAUAUAUUAUUAGAUACGUCAUAUACAUACUAUGGUAUAAUUAUUUGUAUAUACACUUCUUUAUUUCUUUACAUUUUAAUUGAUAACUAAGUAUUUGUUUACACAGCAUUGAUCUACGACUGACUCACUGACUUGGUCCUUGUAUAUGCCUUUUGUGUAACUCCAUUUGUGUACAGUUUUUAUCAUUAAUAAAAUAAAUGAAUGUUGAUGAAUUUAUUUACUAUUGAUGUACCGUCUACUGUUCAUUAGCAUUAUAAAAUCGUCAAAAGCGUGUAUUGUGUGUAGAAUCGCCAUGUAAUUGAGCACUUGAAUAUUAUACAAUAGUGUACACCUGACCCCGUGUUUGAAUAGUGAUAGAUGUGUAAAUGUGUAAUCCUUUCCUAUCCACAUCACAUCCACGUGAAACUGUUAAAUUCAUUUUAUAAAUGAUUUGUUUUAGAAUCGUUAUUUGUAUAUUGAUCACCUCGUCUUUACUCAUUAUAAUGUAAUUGUACUGAACGAGAUUGUAACGACGAAAUGAAUUAAAUUCAUUUGUGUUAUGUGUUUGUGUCCACACAAUAAUUAUUAAAAUUUUGUAUAAUACCCUUUACAAAUUGGCUCGAGUGAGACUAUAGGCGGAGAAAUUGUGUUACGCUGUAAGAUAUUAAAUAAUUGCAGUAGAGUAAAAAUAAGUGGCAAUUACGAAUGAGUUUUAUGGCAAAAUAGCACUUGCUGUCCUUUUUUUUGUUUUGCUGUGCUCCACACAAGCUUAGACUCGUCACUGCAGUUAUCUGUAAUCACGAGCUAGUUAUCUAACCGUCGGCAAUGUUUUCCGGCGAUAAAGUCGAUUUAGAACGACGCCAUAUUGCAGACAAGGUGUAAAGGGUAUUUAUUGUUUUUUUAAAUUUGUGAAGGUGUCUCGUUCACUGCUGCAUGUUUUGCGAUAUUUCACGUCAAAACGGAUGAAAUUCCCUAGUCUUGUACAAUUUUAUCGGGCAAGCUGAAAGGUUGUUCCCCAUUCCAAAAUGUGCCUAUUUUUGUUUUUUAGAUUUUCCACUUACUGGUUGUUACUUUAUUUUUCAUUGUGAGAAUUGUAAGAAUUGAAUUUGAUGUUCCGUGGCGGCCUAGUCGUGAUAUCUAUAGAACUCUUAGUUUGUAUGGGUUAAUUUACACCACAGAUUACGGAAAUAUUUCUACGUUACACACUGUGGUAACGCAGCGGACUUGGGACAUGAUUUCGUUACGUGUAAAAUUAAAAAAGUAAGUAUUUGUUAAAUGUUUGAUAGCAUAAUAUAGAAUUAUCGCAUAAUAUCCGCUUGCAGUGGUGUACCACGCACCUUAUACUUCUCAGUUGUAUUAUCUUUUAUUUUUGACACUAUUUAUAACCGAAGCAAUAAGUGUACUGAUCUUUGUAAACUCCUAAAAGUUAAAUGUUUCGAUUAUUAUUAUAUGGAUAUGUUAUAAUAAUGACUUGUAAAUAUUAUUUAGAAUAAAAAAUAAUUGAUCAUUGGA